AGUGCAACAAAGUACUCAGAGGCUCUGGUUUGUGAAGGGAGAAGGACGAGACCAGGGCGAAUGUCAGCGUGCUUUCGCCACGCAACAUUGCGGACAUCCUUUUUAUUUUGAAUUACCAUAGGUUUCUUACCAUACCCGGUAAUGUGUUUUUUUUGUAUGGUUAAUUGUAGGCAGUUUAAAUUGAUGACCUCAUUCUGACAGUAGGGUAGUAGGUCACAAGCAAAUAUUAGAGUUGCUUUCGUGUGUGAUGUCACUUUGUCAACGUGGAGUGAACAGCUGAUUCCAGCCUCAAACUCAUCGACGCGUCGAUUCAGCCAAGACCAGCAAAAGGGAUAAAAGGUGGAUGGAGACAUGCCCCUGUGUUCCACGACGUGCAGGGGCUGCAGAUCAGGGGGGGCAGCAGGAAAUGGUAGACAUGGCAGAAACAGGCCAUGAAGCAAAGGACUGUCAGUGCCAGGGGUCUGCAGGGAUCUGUAGGUCCGGGGCCACCCCACUCUGGCAAACUUCCUCCUUGGAACUCUGGGGUCCCUCGAGGGAACAGCCCCUCUUCCCCGAGUGGCAGGUGCCACUGAGGGUGACCUUUGCGCUGCUGGCCGUCACCUUCAUCUACACCUUUCUCCGAGAGGUCCUGCAGCCCUACUUGGUGUUGAGCAAGAACAACUUCUACAAAGUGCCAGUGCUUGUGAUGAACAAGGCACUGCCAUGGACAUCCAUCACAUUGCUGGCUCUCGUAUACCUGCCCGGCUUACUGGCGGCCAUGUUGCAGCUUUACAGAGGCACUAAGUACCGUCGUUUCCCGGCAUGGCUGGCGGGCUGGAUGUCUGUACGCAAGCAGCUCGGCCUGCUGUCCUUCUACCUGGCCUGUCUUCAUGCCCUCUAUAGCCUCUGCUACCCCAUGAGGAGAUCCUACAGGUACAAAGUGCUAAACUGGGCAUACCAACAGGUGCAGCAGAAAAGGGAAGACGCCUGGGUGUCGGAGGACGUAUGGCGGAUGGAGAUCUACAUCUCCCUGGGGAUCAUGACCCUGGGUCUGCUGGCCGUGAUCGCGGUCGCCUCCCUGCCGUCCAUCUCCAACAGCCUCUCCUGGAGAGAGUUCACCUGGAUACAGAGGUCUCUGGGUUACACGGCCUUGCUGCUGGGCACGGCUCACGCCCUGGUGUUCGGUUGGAGCAAGUGGGUGGAUCCCGCACAGUAUGUGUGGUACACCCCCCCCUCCUUCGUCCUGGCCUGCCUGCUCCCCCUGAGCGUGCUCCUGGUCAAGGCGGCCAUGCUGCCUCCCUGCCUCGCCAGGAGGCUGGAGCUCAUCCGUAGGGGCUGGGAGCGACCAGACAGGAGGACGUCUUUAAGCCCUAAAGAGGAACCUCUUCUCACUUAACUCUGACUUGCGGUGAUUUGUCAAUGUAUGCAAGGGCAUUCACCACGAAAGGUCGGGGCAGCUACCUGAACAUAUUGUCGUUGACAAACGCUGACCGAUACAUGAGCAAGUGGCCAAAUAUUCAGUGGGCAGAUUUGUUUAGGAAUAAAGGGGCGAAGCCUGGGAGACAUUGCAAGAAAAACAAGUUGAGGCGGUUGUGGGAUUAUGUACACUUGUACGCUGCCAAUUGGUCUACAAUGGUUUAGGUCCUGGUGGUUGACUGGUUGAUUAGUUAACAUGACUCAACUGGCAGAAUAUCUAUUCUGACAAUGGAACGCGCAACCGAUGAUUGUGUGAUGCUGCGUACAGUUUAUUUCAAUGUAUGAAAUCUGAUAAAUCUUCUGAAAUAAUGGGGCAGAACGGCAUUUCAAAACGAUAUAUUAAAUUAAGUUGAUUCCGAAAGGGUCUUUGUAACUGAUGCCGUUAGAACUACGUUUACAAAAAUAUGUUUGCAUUGGACAAGCAACAAAAGAAAAUCAUGCGGAUUGUGUCUGAAGCAGAAUAGUUGAGUCAUAAAUUGUGACUUUUUGUGGUCAUAUUUUGCCACUUGUAAUUAUGACAUUGCCAUUGUUACAUUACCAAAUAUUAUUUAUGGUUGACUGAUGAUACUUGAUGGUCCAUAUCUGUAUAUAGUUAACUAUGUACUAUCUAAACCCCAUCCCUUAAGUUUCCCUUUCCUAAAUGCUGCUUCAUGGCUAAAGUAGCCUUCAGAAACGAAAGAAAAUUUAGUACAACUUUCAUAAGCACUGUAUAAAACUUAGAUAUACAGAUAUCUAUAUAGCUUCCAAUGCAAGACUAUGACAUUUGGCAAAUAAUCAUUAACACAGUCCUGUGUCAAUGAUAUUUUGGUGUGACACGUAUAAACAUGCCGCUUAUUUUCCCAUGCUUGGUUUUUUUAUUGCUGCUAUCUAUUGUUUACCCAUGUGAGAUCAUGCCCUAUAACAAGUUUGACUCCAUUUAUGGUAAUUGUUACAAAUUCCAGUUUAUUGUAUGCAAGGACAUCAAAUCACACCCUGUAACUGAUAUUUUCUACAAAGUAAAAAUGCUGGCCUGGAGCUCUCUCGCUGUCGACAAGAAUCUUACUAUCCACACUCCCUAAACCACACACUGACACACCCAGCCAGCCAAGCCACACUCGUUAAAAGCACAUGGUUACACAGCCAUUUAGAGUAGACAGAACCCUGAAAAUGCUUGGUGAUUGUUUUUCUCCAGGAAACAUCUCUUUACCCAAGGGUAUCCACUGCUAUUUUAAAUUAAAUCGUCCCUCUUUGCCCUUGCAUUAUAAGCAUUGAAUACAUUAUCAGACAAUGUGUAUUAGGAUAUCCAACAUAAAGCUACAGAGCUAAACAUUUCAUAUAGUAUUAUAAUAUAAUGUUUAAUAUAUUAUACUUUUAUUAUAUAUACCAAUGUCUCUUUUUUCAUGCUUGCUAAUAUUCAUAUAAUAUGAC